AGCCCAAACGGUUGAUUUUGGUCUCAUCAGAGAAUAUAACGCGAGACCAGUCGUCGAUGGUCCAGUGCUGAUGGCGAAGGGCAAAUGCCAGCCGAGCCUUCCUAUGGACGCACGAGAGGAGUGGACGCUUCACCUUGACAAUGGCCCUAAGGCCUGCCCUCUUGAGGACAUUUCGAAUGAGGAGGUAACGGCAAAGGUGGCGGGCAGCCUGGUCAGAAAGUUUGCGAGGGCGGCCUUGGGGGCUAGGAGGGGGUGUAAACCCGAUGGAUUUACAAAGACGAGAUAUAGUCGAAGGGGAGACAUGCAUUUCAGCGGCAAUUUGGCGAUAGCUCUUGCCAUUUUGGAGCUUGACGAGGAUGGUGUGACGCGUCUCAGAAGAAAGGGACUUCAUGAUGGGAAUGGGAUAAUCAGCAGUCAAACACGUCUG